GAGUGUUUGUGCCCUUUCUUAUUCCAUUAGAGCCCCAAGUUCCAUUGUGCGGACACGCGUCGCGUGCUAAGCGUGUCGGCAACAUGAUGCAGGACUCCACCGCCCGCUCUCCACCCAUUCACAAAACGGCUACUACCCGCCAUUACUCACCCUUCCGCCGUACGUUGACUCUCAUUUACUACUUCACUCCAUUAUUAUUUACGCCGUUUCCUCUCUCUCCCUCUCUCUCUUUAGAAUUGGAAGACAGGUGAAUGGACGGUCUGAUCAAGGGUUUGAUCGAUGCGACGCUAGGCCACGGCGAAGAAAAAGACGGUGAGUCUGGGCCGUCGUCGCGAGACGAACGCUCCAGAUCCACUUGGGCGCAGGUGGUUUCCGGGGAGCAGGACAACGAUGAAGAAACUGGUGACAUUAGGCAUGAGUAUGAGCGUAAUCGCCAUCGGUGGAAUACAGAGGAACAACGACAAGAGCUCCAUGAGGAUUGGGAUGCUGGUGGUUCUAGACCUUCGAGGCGUCCCCAAAAGGCUGUGCAAGAGGUGUAUGAAGAGAAUGAGGUGGUUGUGAAACAUGGUUAUAGCGGAAACCAAUGUAGUAAGAAGGAUGAAGAGGAGAAUAAUGAUGGUUGGGAAACUGUAAGCAAAAAGCCUCCAAGGCGUCCAUCAAAGGUGCAUAUGGAUCACUGGGGCAGAUACAAACAGCCUCUCAGUGAGCAAGAAUACUCUGAUGAGGUUGAACAUGGUGCUAUUGUAGAACCUUCUGAAGAGGAAUUAUCUGACCUGUCACAAGCCUGCAAAAAGCUUUGGGAACUUGAUUUUUACCGAUUGAUUCCUGGAAAGGAUUACCAGAUUGAUUGUGGUGAAGGGAAGAAGGUCUAUCAAAAGGAAGACAUGGCAGAAGGAAGCCUAUUUUACUGGCUAAAUGAGGAUGUAUUCAGAAAGCCUACUUUUUCUCGUUUCUGUGCCCUUCUGGAUAACUACAACCCACAUGAAGGUUAUAAAGAAGUUGUCACAUCUCAAGAGAAACAGGAGGAGGUUGCAUUCAUGGAAGAAAUCAGCAGAACUGCGCCAAUCAAGUACCUUCACAGAUAUCUGUCAUACAAGGGAAUUGUAUCUGAGAAUUAUCAAGAUUUUAAAAGAAUGAUGACUGCUCUCUGGUUUGAUCUUUAUGGCCGAGGUCAUACAUCUAGUUGCUCAUCUGCUUUUGAGCAUGUUUUCGUUGGAGAGAUCAAGCACUGUGAGGAACAAGAAGUUUCUGGCUUCCAUAAUUGGCUUCAGUUUUACUUAGAAGAAGCAAAAGGGAGGGUCGACUAUCAAGGUUAUAUUUUUCCGCGAAGACAUGGUCAGAUUCCAGACUCCGAAACCCAAUUGCUCACAAUUCAGUUUGAAUGGAAUGGUAUUCUCAAAUCUGUCUCGAGCACUUUGAUUGGUGUGAGCCCGGAAUUUGAACUUGCUCUGUAUACUCUCUGUUUCUUUAUGGGUGGAGAGGAUAAUCAUGUUCAGCUGGGUCCAUAUCCUGUUAACAUCAAAUGCUAUCGUUUUGGAAACAAAGUUGGAUCAGUAUUUCCAAUAGCUGCUGAUUAAUGUUUACCCUCUAGUUGGAACUUGGAUUUGAAGCUGUGUGGAUUUGAACAAUACAGAAUACAUUUAUGUAGAAUUGUAUUUAAAUCUACAUAAAUUUAAAUCCAUGACCCAAAACCCAUGUUCCCAAACCCAACUCUGUUGUAUAGAGGAGAAAUACUAUCUGAAGGAUUUAGAAACAUUGACAACGUGUUAAUAUGCUUGGGAUUGUAUUAAGAUCACUCAUGCUGGAAGCAAUUUGAUUUAAAGAUUUACAUAUUUAAUCUAAUAAAACCUGCCAAAUCUUAUUGAUAUUGAA